AUGGGGGAGGCCAAACUUGACAAAAUUUGGAGUGAAACUGAGUUCUUUAAUGCAAGAUGUAAAGAAUGUAAGAAAAGAGACAGAUUGGAUCCUGUGGAAAAUGAAUGUAUGUUAGAUAAGGUUGAAAAUGGUAGGUUACAAAAUGGCGUUGGAAGACAAAGUUCUAAUGGCUCGGCUGGCAAUGGUCAUAUAAUAGGGUCAGAUGGUGAUUCAAUUUCAAUGUCAAAAUUCCAGGAAGUGCAGGAAAUUUCAAAUGGGAAACCAGUUGUGAAAAGAAAUACCAGUAAUGUACAGAGUGAUACAAAUGUGAAUGAACAUGAUGGACGACAAAAUUCCUAUCAUUUAGAUUCAGCUAGUGAACAAGCUAGUGGCUUAACUAUGAACACUUGUAUUAAUGGAUCUGAAGCAGCAUCUAUAUGUGAAAAUAAAAUAGAGACCAGGGACAGAUCUAAAAUGUCAAACUCAGAUAGUACAUUUUGUAAUACUUUAUAUAACACUUUGAAUGCUGAUAGCUUAUCACAAGAUGACAAUUCUAUCGGUGAUCAAGCUUCAGAAUCAGUUUUUGUACACAAUUCUCCACAGACUCACUCAUCAGUGCCAUGUGAUCUUGAGCCAGACACAAUACCAAAAACAAUGAGUGACAAUUUCUCUAUAGAAUCUGUAAAGGAACUAAGAAAGGAAAGUCUUCUAAAGAAUAAUUCCAAUGGGAAUAUUCCUGAGGCAUUAUUUCAAAGCUUACAGACUGUGCCUAAUAGACAGACCAAUUUAAAUGAGAUUAACCAACAAUCAGAGGUACCAGAACUACCAGCUGCAAAUCCAACUGCUGCAAGAGAAAUCCUCAAGCCACAGACAAGAGUCAAGCCAAUGGCUAAAGUCAUUCCAGUAAGAUUAACAUCACAAGAACAACAAGCCAAUGCUCAAUCACCAGGAAAUGGAGCAGAAGGGUAUACUCCUUCCCCAACAACUGAAUAUGGUAAUGAUAUCCAACAAGCAGUUAAUAAUGAAAAUCAUAAGGUCGUUGCUAAUGCUCCUUAUGGGGAGUACCCGGACAUGAGUGAAAAUAAUACAGAAGAUGGUUCCAUUUCUGCACAGGGUCCUCCACUAAGUAUGGAUGGUUCAGGAGAUUUAAGACAGCAACCAACACUCUCCACAAAUCAUGAAUCUCCGCCAACUGACGAAAUGAACCUUCAUCAAACAGCAUCAGGAAAUGUGUUGGCUACACCGAGCUCUGACAAUAGUGUAGAAUCAGAGAGGAACCAGUCUUCAUUACAGCAAGAAACAGUUAAUCAAGUACCAGACACUUACAGUUACCCUUGAAGAAUUGCAUAAUACUGAACAGACAAUAUUUUGAUAUUACACAAUGUAUUAUAAUACAAGUGCAAAGGACUUUGUGCAAAUGUUGAACUGAUUUUUUUUUUUAUGUGUACAAUAGGUAUACUGUAUGUGCAAAAUAGAGUUUUGAUAUAAAUUUUUGUGACUUUUUAUCAAUAAGUGUUGAUUUAUGGACUAGGAAACUGGACUUUUGUCUCAUCUUUCAAUAGAGUUAAGGUGGUACCCAACACUUUCACUAAAAUAAAUUUGGCUUGUUUAAUUUUCACAAAAUUUUGUCAAAUGUUUACUUUGACACUUAAAAAAAUUAAAAAAAAUCUUGAACCAAAUGUUUUUUUCAAAAAAAUUACACUGGUUAUAUAGCAAUUUGACAAACAACAAUUUUGAUCAUUGAGAAGCUUAAUUUUCCUUUUACAACACAAUUUAAUUAAAACGUUAAGCUGACUUUAC